AUGCAGGGCAUGCUGACAUCACAGCAGACAGGGAAGGACGGACCGGAGAAGGUGGUGGUGUCCACAGAAGUUAAAGUUCCUCGUAAUUUUCUCUUGUUGGAAGAACUUGAAGGAGGACAAAAAGGAGUAGGUGAUGGUACUGUUAGCUGUGGCCUUGAAGAUGAUGAAGACGUGACACUUACAAGGUGGAAAGGCAUGAUUAUUGGGCCACCAAGGGUGGAUGCAUGGAUCAUACCAGUAUUAGCAAAAUGGCAAAAUUCCUAUAGCAUUAAAGUUAUACUUCAAGAGCUAAGACGUCUUAUGAUGUCCAAAGAAAAUAUGAAGCUUCCACAGCCUCCAGAAGGACAGACAUACAACAUCUAA